CUACCAAAUUUUGCCAAACCCUAACUGAAACGGGCAACAAACUCCUCACUUCACGUUCAACAGCAAUAACCUCUUAGCUUAGCUUAGCUUAGCUUAGUUAGCUCAACCACAAAAAACCCUAAUUCUCUCCCAAAAUUCCCAUUUUAUCCUCAGCCAUUUCCAUUCACUACCAAUGCUUUAAGCGUAGCCUUUGCUUUACCACACAUAUUGUGACCUUCAUCAUGUCUGGCGAUCGCCGGGAUGUGCCUACGGUCGCCGGAGAUGGAAACGGUAUGGUGGCAGCUGGGAACUCCGGGAAGCCGGCAACUCCGGCUGUUGUUUCAGUGACGCCGAGCCAGAGGCUUAGGCUGAACCCUAAUAAGGAUCAUAAGCCGGAGAGCUAUGAGGAUCUGCAAUUGGAUUUUAGUCCUUCGGUUUUUAGCUCGCUGGAGCGUUACUUGCCGCCGAGUAUGCUUGGUAUGAGUAGAGAUGAUAAGAUGAAGUUCAUGAGGGAAAUUUUAUUGAAGUACUUGCCUCAUGGAGAGGGAACCAGGGUUCAAAGACAUAGAGAAUACAGGCAGAAGAUAAUAUCAAAUUAUCAGCCUUUAAAUAGAGAAUUGUACACAAUGCACCCUUCAACCUUCUUUCUCCCUUCCUUUAUAAAGGCAAUCAGUGAUAACACGGAGGAGAGUUUUAGAAGUAUAAUGUCUGAACCCUCUCCCGGAGUGUUUACAUUCGAAAUGCUUCAGCCACAAUUCUGCAACUUACUAUUAUCAGAGGUGGAAAAUUUUGAGAAGUGGGUUAAUGAUGCAAAAUUUCGAAUCAUGCGACCAAAUACAAUGAACAAAUAUGGUGCUGUACUUGAUGACUUUGGUCUUGAAACGAUGCUUGACAAGCUUAUGGAUGGCUUUGUUCGCCCUAUAUCUAAAGUUUUCUUUCCUGAAGUUGGUGGAUCAACCCUGGAUUCUCAUCAUGGUUUUGUUGUUGAAUAUGGUAAAGAUAGGGAUGUUGACUUGGGCUUUCAUGUGGAUGAUUCAGAAGUAACUUUGAAUGUUUGCUUGGGUAAGCAAUUUUCUGGCGGAGAAUUGUUUUUCCGGGGCAUGCGAUGUGAUAAACAUGUAAAUACUGGAAGUCAGUCAGAGGAGAUCUUUGACUAUUCUCAUGUCCCUGGCCGAGCUGUGCUUCAUCGUGGUCGUCACAGGCAUGGUGCCAGGGCCACAACAUCUGGUCAUAGGAUCAAUCUACUUCUUUGGUGUAGAAGUUCAGUAUUUAGAGAAAUGAAGAAAUAUCAAAAAGAUUUCUCUAAUUGGUGCGGAGAAUGCUUGCGUGAGAAGAAAGAAAGGCAACGGCUGUCUAUUGCUUCUACCAAAUCAGAAUUACUUAGGAAAGAUGGUGAAUCCACAACAUGAGCUGUUACAGUUAACUACUCAGGUGAUUGUAAAAUUAUGUAGCUGCAGAAUUGACUGAGGAUGGCACAGCACUGGUAUUUUUAACCUUUCAAAGUUCACUUUCGUGCUUCUGAACAUGACAUGGUUGUAUGUAUAAAUUGUUUCAGGUAAAUGGGAUAAUAUUGUUUGUAGCAGCAUGCCUGGAAUUUUUGUAAAAAGAUUUAGUACCACUCUAGUUAGCAUUGUGUACUUGGGGGAAAUUUGGGUACUACAAGCUGCAUUUGCAUUGUCAAUAAGUCUGUAACUUGUAAUUUAUAUGAUCUUAAAUGAGGCUGCCUUUUUUUUUUUUAA